AUGUCGAUCAAGCUUGCAGAUUAUCUCUUCACCCGCCUCCGCCAGCUGGGUGUUGACUCCGCCUUUGGCGUACCAGGCGACUUCAACCUCCGUUUACUAGAUUUCGUGGAACCCUCAGGUCUGCGAUGGGUAGGCAAUUGUAAUGAGCUGAAUGGCGCCUAUGCAGCAGAUGGAUAUGCUCGCAUCAAAGGUCUCUCGGCGUUGAUAACUACUUUUGGUGUCGGAGAGCUCUCGGCAAUCAAUGGGAUUGCAGGCGCCUUUACCGAAAAAGCACCGGUCGUUCAUAUCGUGGGAACCCCACCACGACCAAAACAAGAAGCUCGAACUUUUGUGCAUCACACCCUUGGAGAUGGAGACUACCGGCACUUUGCAAAUAUGGCCACACAUGUGACAGUGGCACAGGCGAGUUUGAGCGAUCCACGGCUGGUUCCCGACCAGAUCGACUGGGUGCUGAAACAGGCGAUUGUGCACAGUAGACCAGUCUAUCUGGAGGUGCCAGAUGAUAUGCCUGAUGUUCUUGUCGAGGGAGGAAAUCUCAAUAAUGUGAUCAAACUUGAUUUUGGCCGUCAGAUUGAGUCUGAUACAGCCGCCUUGGAACAGGUUAUGGAAAGAAUAUACCAAGCCAAACAGCCCAUGAUCAUAGUUGAUGGGGAUACCAGAGCUAUGGGUAUAUCAACCGAAGCUGAGGCUUUGGUUAAAUUGACUAAUUGGCCGACGUGGACCACGGCAUUCGGAAGGGCUUUAAUCAACGAACAGCUUCAGAAUGUAUAUGGGAUUUACACUGGUCAAUUUGGUGAUCCACAGUGGAAGGAGUACCAUGACACUGCUGAUUUGAUCAUAAUCCUUGGGCCGCAUUACAGCGAUACCAACACUUCGAUAUUCACAGCCUUGCCUAAUCCGGCAGUUUCAGUUGCAUUUUCCCCAAACACCAUUCAGAUCGGUGACAUCAUUCACCGAGACGUUUCUAAUAAGUGUCUCGGCCAUCUCGUCAACAGUCUCGAUGCAUCACGCAUCGCAAAGGUUGAGGGCCCUUCUAAGUCGAUUAUAACGGAACAAGCUCUAGAUCCAUCUGGUCUCAUCACACAAGAACACUUCUGGCACAAGGUGAAUGGUCUAUUUCAAGAAGGUGAUUUGAUUCUCGCAGAAACUGGAACUUCCUCGUAUGGAAGCCAGACCUUCACGGUUCCCAAAAACGCGCGUCUUUUCAACGCUGUCACGUGGUUGUCAAUCGGAUACAUGCUUCCUGCCACGUUGGGAGCCACUCUGGCGCAACGAGACCGGACUAAAGACGACACAACACGUGCGUUUCUUUUCAUUGGAGAUGGAAGUUUACAGAUGUCGGUGCAAGAAAUUAGCACGAUGAUUAGGGAGAAGUUGAAUGUCGUUAUCUUCGUCAUCAACAAUGGUGGAUACACUAUUGAGCGAGCAAUUCAUGGGCGCACCCAGAAAUACAACGAUGUUGCGAAUUGGAGGCAUACUCAAGCGAUGGGUUUCUUUGGUGCAGAUGAAAACCACUCUAUGAACAAUAACUUCGUGGCUAGGACCUGGUCAGAUCUAGAGUGGAUAUUGGAAAAUGAAAAUAUCCAAAAAGGUAGCGGUGUCAGGUUGGUCGAGGUCUUUAUGGAAAGGGAUGAUGUGAGAGGGAUUCUGUUACAACUAAUGAAGACUCGAAUUGCCAAUGGUGACUAG